CGGAGCGGCGAACGUUCGGCGGCGCUUUGGGGGCGCGGCUCCGCCGGCCCCGCCAAUCACAGUCCGCCCGUGCGCUCUCCGCCAGUGGCGGGGAGCAGGCGGCGCGCCGGAAGUGCGCGAACGGCGGCAACCGAGAGCGGAGCGGGGCUGGAGGGCCGGGGCCGCGGGAUGAGUAAAGGGCGCGAGGCCGCGGCGGGCGGAGGCGCCACCGCUGUCCUGCUGCGGUACCUGCGGGAGCAGAACCGCCCGUACAGCGCCCAGGAUGCCUUCGGGAACCUGCAGCGGGAGCACGGGCUGGGCAAGGCGGCCGUGGUGAAGGCGCUGGAGCAGCUGGCGCAGCAGGGCCGCGUGCGUGAGAAGGUUUACGGGAAGCAGAAGAUCUACUUCGCUGACCAGGAGCAGCUCCCGGCCGCCAGCGAUGCGGAGCUCCGCGAGCUGGACGGGGAAAUCGCCGCGCGCUCCUCCCAGCUGCAAGCGCUGCAGCAGAGCUGCCGGCACAUGGAGGCGGAGCUGAAGGACUUGAACAGCUCCAUGACAACCCCUGAGAUUGGCGGGGAGAUCGAGGCACUGAGGAAGGACUGUGCCAGUUACACGGAGAAACUGGAGAGGAUUAAGUCUGCUACCAACCACGUGACUCCAGAGGAAAAAGAGAAGGUGUGCCGGGAGCAGCAGCUGUACCGCCGGGAGUGGCGCCGGAGGAAGCGGAUGGCCACCGAGCUGCUGGAUGCCAUCCUGGAGGGGUACCCCAAGAGCAAGAAGCAAUUCUUUGAGGAGGUUGGGAUAGAGACGGAUGAGGACCACGGCGUCGUGCUGCCAGCGACUGUGUGAGGUGCUGGGGGAGCCUUUUUUCUAGGGAGAAGCUGCUGCAGAGCUGCCUCUGAAACUCAAGCUGUUGGGCUGUUCUUUUUCUCUUUUUGCAGGACUGGGGCUUGUCCUGUGUAUUUAUUUGUUUUUGUUUUAAAAUGUUUUGCAGUUGGAAGGGUGGUGGGUGGGAGUGACUCCGCACUGGCCCUCUCCUUGUAGCGGAAUGUUGUUUUUUUCCUGCCCUGCAGUGCAUGCAGCUGCCUGGCUGGGGUCUGAGGGUGCUGAGUGUGGGGGCACUGGUGCUGUAUCCCUGGUGUUCUGGUAAGGAAAGGGAGCAAGGGACUGUCUGGGCUGCAGAGCUCUGUAUGUGUUCUAGCUGCUUUCUCCUGUGUGCCUGAGUGGUCACAUGAGAAUCUGAUCUAUUAAACACCAGGAUUUUGGUUCAGGUGCA